GUGGGUUUUACUUCAGUUGAACUGUGGACUUCUGGAGAAGACGGUGUCCUCUUCUUCCACUUCCAGGCUAAAUAGUUCUUCUGGUCUAUCUAUUCUUCUCAAUAAUCAUUUACUACUAAAUAUCUGUUUAGUUGAAACUCCUUCUAGUCAGCCAACAAGGUUUUUUCUCCGGUGUUUAGCAGUUAUCUUGAAUUAAUUAGUUACCUACUUAAAGAAAAUAAGACAAGUGUUCAGGAUGGCUGGUGGCAAGGCAAAGAUCUCUUCGAAGAGCAAGUCUCAUCCCACGAAGGGCAAGGGAUUUGGAAACUUCAUUUACGAUUCGGAAGAAGGAACAUGCUUCGGAAGGACGGCGGCUUCAUGGAUCAAAAUCAUCAUCUUUUACAUCAUUUUUUAUUCCUGUUUGGCCGGAUUUUUCUGCCUCAACUAUUACAUCUUCUCCAAAACGCUGAAUGAGGACUCGCCAAAGUGGAAACUGGACCAGAGCAUUAUCGGAACAAAUCCUGGAGUCGGUUUCCGACCCAUGCCUGACCAAGAUGCAAAUGCGGAAUCCACCCUGAUCUGGUAUCAAGAAGGAGUGGAAAGCGAUGCUAAAUUUUGGUGGAACCAGUUGAGCGUAAUGUUGAAGCACAACAUUCUACCCGAGGGGACCCCAGGAACGAAAAUAUGUAACGACCAGGGCGAAACCGCGACCGAUUCGGCAGCUUGUCUUGUCCAAUAUAGCGAUAGGAGUUACUGCACAGAAACUAAUAAGUAUGGUUAUCAGCCCAGCGGAAAGCCAUGUGUUCUCAUCAAACUGAACAAGAUUUUCGGAUGGACGCCACAACCAUUUGGGGUCAACAAUGAUGAUAAAUUUGACCCCGUCCUGUUGCAGAAUGACCUUGAGGAUAAAGUGAAAAACGACGAGAUGCCGGGAACGUUGCGAGACCAUAUUUGGAAGGAAGUUAACAAGAGUUCAAAUGCUGUCAAUACUUUGAAAACGGUUUGGCUUUCAUGCUCCGGAGAAAGCGUGGGCGACAAGGAAAAUCUUCCAGAGGGACAUAUCACCUACGAACCCGAGAGAAAAAUCCCUGGCUACUAUUUUCCCUACAAGAAUCAGAAAAAUUAUAGGAGCCCCUUCGUCAUGGUCAACUUCGACAUUCCCAAAACUUCCCGUCAUCUUCUUAUCAACAUUGAAUGCAGGGCUUGGGCAAAGAACAUCAAGUACGACAGAGUCUUCCGUCUCGGCUCUGUCCAUUUUGAACUCAUGGUUGAUUAAGAUUUGCUAAAUUGUUUGUUAGGUAGUGCAAUAAUAAAUUUAAAUGUAGGUCAAUCAAACAAGGUACAGUUUUUUUUCCGUAUUUCAAAUUCCCCAUUAAAUAAAAUUCAUUAAAUAAUUAAUUAAUUAUGUAUGAAUAUAAUCCGAGUGGUGGUCUGGUGUACGCAUGGAUGUAAUAAAGCAUUAUAGUUGUUGUCUUGUUGGAUAAUUGUGUUUAAAAAUUAAAACCUUCACGUCAAUGUCUUAUUUAUC